GUUGGGAAGCCCCCUUCUCUCUCUCUCUCUCUCUCUUUGUUUUUUUUUUCAUUAAAAACAAAAAAAAAUUAAAGACAGCCUUACAAUAUGGAUUUCAUGUGGGCUGGUGAUAUUCCCAAUAACCGUAAACAUAGCUCGUAUUUACCUACAGCUAAUACCACGCAUAUGAGUGAAAAUUCAGCACAUGCGCGUUUAAAUUUGACUCCUCCCGUCGUGCGACGUUCUCGAGCAGAUACAAUGCCAAGCACAAGUCCUUUUAACUUGUAUAGUCCCUUAAAUGUGGUUGCUCAACAAAGACCCGAUCGCAGUAGCCUGACAAACGAUCUCUUGUUUCAUUCAGCCAUGUCAAGUCCUUUGGAUGAAAACGCAUCCGACUCCAUCGCAAGUACUUUAGCUUCUUUAGGUCUUAACACUACCGAAGACCACGAUACCCACCACCACCACCACCUUCAGCAGCAGCAGCAGCAACAGCAAGAACAUGUCCAAAGAAGAGAAUAUUUUGAGCCACGUAACCCAUCUAAUAACAACAAUAACCAUGAAAUGAUGUCAUUCUCUCCAUUUCAUACUAUCACCAAAAGACCACGUGCCAUUAGUCUAGGCAUGGUCGAUUCUUCGGCCUUCUCUCCCUUUGACAUGCCCUUUCAACAUCAACCGCAGGAACCUUCACCACCUGUCAUCGGAAAGGAAAAAGAGUAUCCAUCGCGUUUACUCUUUUCAAGAAUGGAUGCUCAUGAAGAAGAAGAAGUGGAUUUUGGAACUCCCGAAGAUGAUACCGAUACCGAUACGCAAACACCUUCCCGUGCACUUUGGCUAGGUAACAUCAAUCCAUCCUUGAGUGUCCCCGAUCUUCACAAGAUGUUUGGUCGUUACGGUCGUGUCGAAAGUGCUCGUAUCUUGUCAGACAAAGAAUGUGCCUUUGUCAACUUCGAAUCCGUCGAAUCCGCCUUGGCUGCUAAAGAGGAUUUGGUCAAUCGAUUAGGUUGUAUGGUAGCAGGCUCUGUCGUCAAAGUAGGGUUUGGUAAAGCAGACGUCAAUGUAGCGAUGGCCUUAACCAAUGAAGCUGGUCCCAACGCUCAGGGUCCCACCCGUGCUCUUUGGGUAGGCAAUAUCCCGGCCAACAUCAAUCCUUCCGUCCUCAGAUCGCUCUUUCAAUCCUUUGGCGUCAUUGAAUCCAUCCGUAUCUUGUCACAUAAGAAUUGCGGGUUUGUCAAUUUCGAAAGACAGGAAGAUGCCGUGCGUGCUCGUAAAUCAUUACAGAAUAAGGAAAUCUUGGGCUUGGGAUCAGGUACGGUACGUAUUGGCUUUGCAAAGGCACCUACCAAUAAUCCAGAUGAGGUGAUUCAAGAUGUGGUCAUUUCCGGAAAUACAAUCACCUCGUAUCCUACCCCCAAUACCAUCGCUGCCGCAGCGGCAGCAUCUCAUCAUGUCAGUACCAUGCAUACUCAGCCGGUUGUCGCAGAACAGGAAGAGACAACGCAAUGGGCUACAGUCAUCAUGAUGGCCAGUAUGAUGAUGAACGCCUCUCAACAAAAAGAUGGGUCUCCUGUACCUUCACCAUCAUCUUCUACCACUAGCUCAUCAACAAACCGUCGCUUAGCAACCGAACGUAAAUUAAUUAUGCAACAAUUAGGUUAUACUAGCAAAGAUGAAGUGGAGCGGAUUCCAAUCACCUAUUUCUCAACAAUUCCUCCUGUACCCGAAUUCGGCACGGAACGUAUGCUUGGACCAUUAAGAUUGCGUGAGAUUCGAAAAUUGCUGGAUAAUGGACAAGGUAUUCAUGAACAUAUUGCACAAGAAUGUAUGGAUGAGAUUGUUGAGCUUUGUAGUGAUUAUAUUGGCAAUACGGUUGUUCAAAAACUAUUUGAAUUUUGCUCUGAAGAAACGAAAUUAGUGAUGAUUGAAAAGAUUGCACCCUAUUUAGCGUCGAUUGGUAUUCAUAAGAAUGGUACAUGGGCUGCGCAAAAGAUGAUUGACACAGCCACGACGGAGGAUCAAAUUCGAUUGAUUUGCACAAACAUUGCACCUUACGUGCCCUUAUUAUUAUUAGACCAGUUUGGAAAUUACGUGGUCCAAUGUUGUCUUCGUAUGGGUCCCGUUCGAAACGGAUAUAUUUUUGAUGCCAUUGUUCAUAAAUGUUGGGAAAUCGGUCAAGGUCGGUUUGGUGCACGCGCUGUAAGAGCCAUUUUAGAGAAUCCAAUUGUCACCAAAGACCAACAGAUUUAUGUGGCUGCUGCCAUUAUGCAAAAUGCAUUACUGUUGACGACAAAUGCAAAUGGCUCCAUUUUGUUAAAUUGGCUACUUGAUACCUCUGGAUUAUUAGGCCACUUCCGGGCCUUGUGUAAUACGAACAAUUAAAAAAAAAAUUUAUAUAUUUCCCCCCCUUCUCCAUAUCUACACACACACACCUCAUCUAUUAGAUUGUACACAUUGAAAAAAAAAUAACUCCCCCCCUUCUAUAUAUUGUGCUUACCACCCACUCUCAAUUUGAAAAACAUCGUCACUCAAUCUUUUGACACUUGUAUAAACCUAAAAUCUCUCCCCCCCCCCACACACACCCAGCAAUUUUAAAAUAAAUGUUUCUUUAAAGAUUAAAGCCAGGUUUAAAUUUUC